UAAAGAUGGCGGACUUGACGAUGGCGUCCACUCCGCUCGCUCAGCGACGGGGGCCGCGCAGGAAGGACAGCAAUGGGCCGCAGCAGAUAUUUACCCCCAAACAAAUCAAACCACCGCUCAGCCGAUACCGAUGGAUAAUCGAUAACUGCGGCGCGGUUUAAUGCGGUUACACGUCGUGUCCGUCCGGAGUCCUACAGCUAAAGCUACAGCGGCGGAGUUGAGCUAACUUAGGAAGUUUUCCGGAGUAGUGCGGGGUGGUGGUGUCGGGGGGGGGGGGUUAAACGGGCCCGAACAUGGAGGACUCCGGGGGGUCGGCCCUGGAGAAGAACGUCGCCGACCUCACGGUCAUGGACGUCUACGACAUCGCCGCGGCGGUGGGCCAGGAGUUCGAGCGGAUCAUCGACCGGCACGGCUGCGAGGCGCCGUCCCGCCUGAUGCCCAAAGUGGUGCGCGUGCUCGAGAUCCUGGAGGUGAUGGUGAGCCGCGGCCGCGGGAGCGCGGAGACCGACGAGCUGCGGCUGGAGCUGGACGCGCUGCGGCUGGAGAGGGUGGAGAGGGUGGAGAAGGACAAGAAGCACAGGAAGGAGAUGGAGCUGGUGGAGGACGUGUGGAGGGGAGAAGCUCAGGACCUGCUCACUCAGAUCACUCUGCUGCAGGAGGAGAACAAAAGCCUCCUCACCAACUUCUCCAACAAAGACCCCAUGAGUGAGGAGGACCUGCAGAGGCACGAGGCAGGUAUGACGGAGAGGGAGAGGCAGGUGAUGAAGAAGCUGAAGGAGGUGGUGGACAAGCAGAGGGACGAGAUCCGGGCGAAGGACCGCGAGCUGGCGCUGAAGAACGAGGACGUAGAAGCACUCCAGCAGCAGCAGUCCCGCCUCAUGAAGAUCAACCACGACCUGCGCCAUAAGAUCUCCGUGGUGGAGGCUCAGGGGAAGGCGCUGAUCGGGCAGAAGGUGGAGCUGGAGGCCGGGGCUCAGGCGCGGGGUCAGGAGGUCGGAGCCCUGCGGCAGGAAGUCGCGCGCCUGAGGGAGCGGCUUCACGGAGACCUGCCGCCCCAGGACCCCGAGGACCCUCCCCCUCAGCCCCCCUCGCCUGCAGAGCGGGGGGCCGCCGGGUCACACAGGCCCCGCCCCUCUGAGCUGAUGGUGGGCGGGUUUGAGUCCGCCUCGCCCCCCCUGCCUGGUUCCCUCAGCCCAGAGGGCCACGAGGAUGAGGAGGAGGAGGAGGAAGAGGCCGUGUUGCUUUGGGAGGCGAUGUGCCAUGACGACAUGCCUGCUGUGUUCCAAUAUUUUACCAAGGAGGCGCUGUGCGAGGAGGAGGCGGGGGGCCUGGACCCCAAGGACCCCAACCGGCCCCGCUUCACCCUGCAGGAGCUGCGGGACGUCCUCCACGAGAGGAACGAGCUGAAGGCCAAAGUGUUCCUGCUGCAGGAGGAGCUGUCCUACUACAAGAGCGAAGAGGCGGAGGACGACAUCUUCACUUCGUCUUCGUCUCCUUCCCCCGAGCCGAGGACUCGCCCCCGCCCUUCUGCCCAGCCGGAGUCGGGGAUCAAACGCCUGUUUAGUUUCUUCUCGCGGGACAAGCAGCGGGGCUCGCUGCGCGGCGGGCAGUCGGAGGGCGGCGUGUACACGGAGGAGGCUCAGGAGGCCCUGCAGCACAUGUAAGUGGUGGGGGGGGGGGGGGGGGCCUACGGGACUCUUUUACCGAAGGAUUACACCCCCCCCCCCAAAGGUAAAUAGAGAAACCCACCUGACUGAAAACAGGCGCGAAAAGAAGAGAACUUCAUAGUAACAAACUGGCACGUACAGACUUUAAUGAUGGAGGAGGUGAUGGAGGAGGGGGUGUGAUGGAAGAUGAGGAGGUGAUGGAAGAUGAGGAGGAGGUGAGGGAGGAGGAGGAGGGUUGAUGGAGAUGGGGUGAUGGAGGAGGGGUGAUGGAGGAGGAGGUGUUGUUGCUCAUCUUUAUCUUCACUGUGAAUGUCUCCUCCUCGUAGGACUUCAAACCAGAAGAAGAAAAAUGUGUUUUAUUUAUAUUCCGGCGACGUGCAGUAAAAAUGUGGAAGCCCACUUCUUCCUUCUAGAAAAGGAAAAACAAACGCAUACAAACAAAAGGGGUUUGACCGGAUAAGAGUAAAAAAUACAACUAGUGAUGUGAUGAAUCAUAUAAUAAUGUCAUGUUUAGAGGUUUUUAAUAAUAAUAAAUCCUAAUACCUUCUUAGUCUUUCCCCAUAGAGGCUUUGUUUGUAAUUCUGAAUAUUAUAUUGAUAAUAUUAAGUAAAGAUAUGAUGUCGUAUAAUGUUUAAGAAGCACAUGUCAGUAAAAAAAAUUAUUAGGAUUUUUAAGAAUAAUCAUAUUUAGCAACUUGUCAUAUUUCUGGCUUAGUAGAUCGUAAUACUGUUUAAAAGUUUAAAUUAGAUUUUUUGAAUUGAUUUUGACUAAUACAGCUAACAAAUACCCGUCAUGAAUCGUUUAAUUAUGUUCUUUUCUGUGGUUGAAUUGGGCUUCCAUAAGUUGAUGAGAGCAAUAGAAGCCGUGUGUUAACAAGCAGAUGUGCAGCGUGUUAAAAUACAAAAGCAGCUUAAACCUUUAAGCAGGAAACAUUCUCACAUUUCACAAACGCAACAAUUAAUGCUCCUUAAAUGCAUCUCCUUUGUUUGAAAAAGCUCCUUUAAUCAUUUCACGGCGGGUUUGUGGUUCUUAUGUCGAGGAUGAAACCGGAACAUGAAGUUAAAUCAGAACUUUUUAAUUUGUGCUAAAUGUGAUUGAAGUAUAGUUUAUUAGAUCGUAUAUAUUAUGUUAUAAGAGGGAAGUCGAUCGAUCAAAGCUUUCCAAAAAUAAAGCCAGUUUUCUGAAUGUUUAUCUCAUAAAUUUGAGUUUUCUCACAGUUACUUUUAAAUCUGAGAGAAUGUAAAAACACAACAUUAGGAUGUGUGUUUAAUGGCUCUUUGUCUUUAAUAUUAUUAUAUAUAUAUAAUAGGCAGCAGCAUACAUCAGAUUACAUCUGGAAGUUAAAAGGGAAACUGGUCAAAAUGAAACUCUGAGCGCUUAUUUAACGUUUAUUUAACGAGCCGGCUUCUAUUCACGGCUCCUCAGUAAGAAAGUCUGAGGAUUCUUAACUCUUAAAUACUUUUACUAAAGUACAGUACUAGUGUAUUUAUAAAUAUGUAUAUAUAUAUACAUACAAUACGUAUGUUUGUGUGUAUUAAUAUAUAUGUGUACAUGUGCAUAUAUACAUAUAUGUAUUUGUACUCAUACAAACUAACAUACACUAUUUAAAACACAUGAAUUUGAUUUGUGAAGUUAAAUUGAGGGAAAAAAUGGACUUUUGUGCUCAUUGAAAACUUGUAAUAGUUUAUUUUAACACCAGAACAAUUGAGACUUUGCUUCCUGUUGCGUGUCACACGUCACAUACUCCUGCAGAGCGCGCCGCUCUCUGAGAACCGGACGCGUCGGUCGGGGGAGGAAAGUCAACUGGCUGAAAUGUGCUUUAUUGGGAACACGGCAUUUGGAAACCAUUAAAACGGAAUCAAAACAA